CGAAAAUCGAGCACCCGGACUGCUUCUUCAAUUUAAUAUCGAAGACAACUGUCGACUGUAACACAUGCCCAGCUCGAGCUGAGGAUCAAUGGCACGUACAAACACCCGCGGUCGCAUUUUGUCUCACGCUGAGACUCGUGUUUUCGACAGCGAAUGCAACCACUGAUUUGAGUGUUAGUUCUGUUCGGUCUUCCCCAACUUCUGGGGCCUUGGGUGGCACUGCGCAGGGCGCCGAAUUCAAUACGAACGCGUUCGAAUCCACUCCGCUGCGGUCAUAUGAAAAUGACAAGGCACUGAAGGCCGAUUACCAAGUAGACCGAUCAAGGGCGCACACUGAUUCCCAUCGUCUCUUGUAAGUGUCCGCCGUGUCUAACGCGGAUGACUCGAAGAGAUCGAGGUACAAGGCGGCAAUGCUUACGCGGCGCGUUCAGCUGCAACUCGGGCCAAGCUAAAUCAAAGGACGCGGCUGUCAGAAAAGCCGUGCCCGUUUAAUCCAGCGGCGCCGGCAAGGCCUUGUGUGGCCUUGAGGAACGGACCUGGCGAUGGGUCCAGUACUCAGCUUGGAGGUGGCGGCAGUGCCUGUGGAUCAACCUGUAGCAAGUCAGGCGAGCGUGCCUAGUGGUGGAUCUCACUCAGCCUUGCAACAUAGCAUACACGCUCAUUACAUUGCUCAUUCCCCGAUUACACUCCUCAUAAUACCGUCUUUUGUCUCUAUACUACAUAAAACAUCUUUGUGCCCGCAGACCAAGUACCAUCCGACUUCGAUCCAUCGGGCUCAUCCGGGCUUCUCUCUUUUCCUUGCGUCAUCGAUCGAACCUAUCUUGUAUCCAUCUUCAUCUCCCGACCAUGAAGUACGUUCGUCUCGGAAACAGCGGAUUGAAAGUCUCUCGUAUCAUCCUCGGGUGUAUGAGUUAUGGGUCGCGUGGAUGGCAAACCUGGGUACUCGAGGAGGAAGAGUCGCUCAAGCAUAUCAAGGCUGCAUACGAUGCAGGAAUUAACACAUUCGACACAGCCAACACCUACAGCAACGGUGUUUCUGAGAUUAUCCUGGGUAAAGCCAUCAAGGAGUUUAACCUCCCGCGGGAUGAGAUCGUCAUUAUGACUAAGGUGUUCUUUCCCACCGGCCACACCGCCGACACACCCGCUUACAUGAUGGACCCGGAUGCAAACGGCUACGUGAACCAACACGGUCUCAGUCGCAAGCAUAUCUUUGAUUCUGUCAAGAGAAGUCUGGAACGUCUCCAGCUUGACUAUAUCGACGUUCUGCAAUGCCACCGCUUUGAUGAAAACACCCCGAUUGAAGAAACGAUGCAAGCCCUGCAUGACGUCGUCCAAGCGGGAUACGUCCGGUACAUCGGGAUGUCGUCGUGCUGGGCCUGGCAGUUCCACGCGAUGCAAAAUUACGCCAUCCAGAACAAGCUGACCCCGUUCAUCUCGAUGCAAGAUCAUUACAGCAUGCUCUACCGCGAGGAAGAGCGUGAGAUGUUCCCCACUCUGAAGCAUUUCAAAGUCGGAUGCAUUCCGUGGUCACCCCUGGCUCGAGGACUCUUGACUCGCCCGCUCUCAGAACAAAGCAAGCGCGGUUCGGUUGAUCGGACGAUUCCGGCUUUCCAUAGUGAGGCCACGACCAACAUCAUCAACCGAGUCGAGGAACUUGCCAAGAAGAAAGGUAAGACCAUGGCCCAGAUUGCGCUCGCUUGGGUUUUGGCUAAAGAUAUGGUGACCGCUCCGAUCGUUGGAACAACUUCGUUGGAUAACCUCCACGAACUCCUUGCUGCCACCGAGAUCGAAUUGAACGAGGAGGAAGUCAAACAUCUCGACGAGCCCUACCAGCCGGGAAAGGUUAUUGGUCAUUCGUAAACACUUGAUGUAAAAAUUCAAUGAAUAAUUGUACGGUUGAAUCUCGUUAUCGAUCACCCAACCAAAACCAUCACGUGUUGUGCGCUAUGGUUUAAUUUGUAGCCUUAGGGCCACACUGCUUUGCAUCGGACCGCGUUUCUCGAAGGAACACACGACCGUGUUCCUGUCCUGGCCGACGCUUAGUGGCCGACUCUUCGACAAUCCGCAUUAUGGAUACAACUAAGACAACAGACAAAGGCGGGGGCCGAGCACGAGAACAUCGCGAAAUGUCAAUUUGCAAAUUUCGGCGCUCCAGGGAUAAUCAGGUAGCCCAUGCGUGGCAGACCCUUACACAAGCGUGCCUGGUUGUACAGUCGGCCCUGCAGCAUCGCAUGCACGCUUAUGACAUCGCUCAUUCCCAACUACAUAUACUUACUCUUUGUAACACCGCUUUUUGUCGCUGUACUAUACACACAUUCUUUGUGCUCGCAAACCCAGUAUGUACCAUUCGACUUGAACCCAUCGGGUUCAGCCGGGCUUCUCUCUCUUCCCUGCAUCAUUGAUUGAAUCCAUCUGGUAUCCAUCUUCAUCUCCCGCCAACCAUGAAGUACGUUCGUCUCGGAAACAGCGGAUUGAAAGUCUCUCGUAUCAUUCUCGGAUGCAUGAGUUAUGGGUCGCGUGGAUGGCAAACCUGGGUGCUCGAGGAGGAAGAGUCGUUCAAGCAUAUCAAGGCGGCAUACGAUGCAGGAAUCAACACAUUCGAUACAGCCAACACCUACAGCAACGGUGUCUCCGAGAUCAUCUUGGGCAAAGCUAUCAAGCAGUUUAAUCUCCCGCGGGACGAGAUCGUCAUUAUGACUAAGGUGUUUUUCACCACCGGCCACACCGCCGACACGCCCGCUUUCGUGGCGGAUCCGGAUGCGAGCGGUUACGUGAACCAACACGGUCUCAGUCGCAAGCACAUCUUCGAUUCUGUCAAGAGAAGUCUCGAACGCCUCCAGCUUGACUAUAUCGACGUUCUGCAAUGCCACCGCUUCGAUGACAACACCCCGAUUGAAGAAACGAUGCAAGCCCUGCAUGACGUCGUCCAAGCGGGAUACGUCCGGUACAUCGGGAUGUCGUCGUGCUGGGCCUGGCAGUUCCACGCGAUGCAAAAUUACGCCAUCCAGAACAAGCUGACCCCGUUCAUCUCGAUGCAAGAUCAUUACAGCAUGCUCUACCGCGAGGAAGAGCGUGAGAUGUUCCCCACCUUGAAGCACUUCAAAGUUGGCUGCAUUCCGUGGUCACCCCUGGCUCGAGGACUCUUGACGCGCCCGCUCUCAGAACAAAGCAAGCGCGGUUCGGUUGAUCGGAUGAUCAAGUCUUUCCAUAGCGAGGCCACGACCAACAUCAUCAACCGAGUCGAGGAACUUGCCAAGAAGAAGGGCAAGACCAUGGCCCAGAUUGCGCUCGCUUGGGUUUUGGCUAAAGAUGUGGUGACUGCCCCGAUCGUCGGAUCGACUUCAUUGGACAAUCUUCACGAACUUUUCGCUGCCACCGAGAUCGAAUUGAGCGAGGAGGAAGUCAAACAUCUGGACGAGCUCUACCAGCCGGGAAAGAUCAUCGGCCACUCGUGAAAACUACCCAGAUUCAAUGUAUAUGUACAACAAAUGAAACAAUGUGGAUCACAGAACUGUUCUA